UAGGUCGUGUGCGUAUUUUUCCUGUCGCUCAAUCUUCAUUCAAAACCGAUGCUUCUGGGGGCCAAGGUACCCUCCUCCCUUUCGCUCCCUUUCCGCGACGUCUAGCUGCUCGAUUUCUUCGCGUUGCCUCAGAAGAUUGCUCCUUUUGUUUAUUCUCUAGUUGUUCGAUCGGGAAAGCUUUCUCCUUUUGGCCGAUUCUUUGCUGUCGGAGUUCUUAUACUUGGAUCUUCUCGUUAUCUGCCUGAUACCUCUCUUCCGAGUCCCGGGUUCAUUUUCUCCUUGAUUGAAGGCUGCGGGCUUCGGAGAUCCUCUUGGGUUUCGAUCGGAAAGUUUUCGCCUUUUCAGGAUCAUUUAGUUUCCGAGUAUAACAGAACAAUGCCCUAGCUUCGGUAAGUUCUUACGCAUUCGCCAAAGGAGUAUAAAUAAUUGCCCCCGGAGAUACCAAAAUUGAACCUCCCUUUCAGCUGGAUUGUGGGAUUAUUGGGAAAUUUUGACAUUUGCACCAGAAGAAUUCCAAGAGCUGGCUAUGGAGGCUGUGAUCCCUGGAUACUGGUUACUUCCUUAUUUUUUCGCAACCUUUUCUAUGCUAUAUCUGUUUGGUUACUUCCUGAUCUUUCACAAAUGGAAUCGAAAGUACCGUCCUGAAGCAUCAAGUUGCUUCAUUUCCCUGUUCCAUGGUACCCCAGCUGUGUUCAUGGCAGUUUUGGCACUUCGAAAUGAACCUAUUCAAGGAUUUGCCUCCGCCAAUACCAAUUUCCAGAAUGUCGUCCUCGACUUCAGCAUUGGUUACUUCCAAGUUGAUCUCCUUCACUACCUGAUACUUCUCCCAGGGGACUAUCUCUUCAUUGCCCAUCACUUGGCAACACUCUUCGUCUUCGUUACAUGUCGUUACCUCGUUGCUCAUGGUGCUUUCUCACUCCUGGUCCUUCUUGUGCUCGCGGAGGUUACUAGUGCUUGCCAAAACGUGUGGACACUGGCUGGACUGAGGAAAGGAGAGUCGGUCAGUGCAGCAAAGAUAUACAAAAUAUUGUCUCCUCCUUUCUAUACUCUGUACACACUAAUGAGGGGAUUAGUUGGGCCAGUUUUCUUCUGCAGGAUGAGCGUGUAUUACUUGAGUGGGAAGGCUACUGAUGAGAUUCCCAUCUGGGUUUCUGCUGCAUGGAUUAUUGUGGUUGGUGCCGCGAUUUUAGUUAGUAUUUUGUGGAUAUUCAACUUAUGGUUAGAGUUCUUCAGAGUGAAGGAGAAUGGAGAGAAAAAGAACAGCUAGCUGCAUGUUACCCUAUCAAUGGCAAUAAUGUGGCUUGAGCUACAAUGAAUUCCUUGGUGGAUGUCACAUUGUCUCCCUGACCAAUGUACUUGAAAACUAAAACUAUUAUAACCUAAAGCUUCUAGUUGCGCAAUUUGAAUCACAGUCAAUAAUGCAUCUGAAUGACUAUUACACUAGAAAGUAGUCUUGAUGUUA